CCUGUCUAGUCACCUUGACGACCCCGUUCAAUCGUUCUCCUUGUAAUUCCUUCAGAGGCGCUCCAUCACUGACGCUCCCAUCUCCCUCCAACCUGCACCGUCUUCGCACGACUGCGGAAUUUCAUUUACACAUUCGUGAAGGACAAAAAAGAAAAAGUAAAAUGGCGAGCAGCUUCACCAGAAUCCUGUCCUCCAAGCGGAACGUCGGGAUCCUGUCGGUGGUGGGGGGCUCCGUAACGGCUGCUUUUCUGCUCAACCGGGAGCACGUCAGCGCCGGUGUGCCGGUCCGCAGGAUAUACCCCGCGAGUGCGGAGUAUCCUGACCUGCGCAAACACAACAACUGCAUGGCGAGUAACCUGACCCCCGCUAUCUAUGCCAAGCUUUGUGAUAAAGCCACUCCCAACGGUUUCACUUUAGACCAAGCCAUCCAGACAGGUGUGGACAACCCCGGGCACCCAUUCAUCAAGACGGUUGGCAUGGUUGCAGGAGACGAGGAGUCCUAUGAGGUAUUUGCAGAUCUGUUGGACCCUGUCAUCAAAGAGAGGCACAACGGCUACGACCCCUGCACCAUGAAGCACCCCACUGACCUGGAUGCUAGUAAGAUCCAUUCGGGGCAGUUUGACGAACGCUACGUGCUGUCAUCCAGAGUGAGGACGGGCCGCAGCAUCCGGGGGCUCAGCCUGCCCCCCGCCUGCACCCGGGCCGAGCGCAGAGAGGUGGAAAGGGUGGUGAUCGAUGCCCUCUCUGGUCUGAAGGGAGACCUGACCGGGAGAUACUACAGCCUGACGCAGAUGACAGAGAAGGAGCAGCAGCAGCUCAUUGAUGACCACUUCUUGUUUGACAAGCCAGUGUCCCCCCUCCUGACGUGUGCAGGCAUGGCUCGGGAUUGGCCAGAUGCUCGUGGGAUUUGGCACAACAACGAGAAGACCUUCCUGAUUUGGGUCAAUGAGGAGGACCACACCCGGGUCAUCUCCAUGGAGAAAGGAGGCAACAUGAAGAGAGUCUUUGAGCGCUUCUGCAGAGGUCUCAAGGAGGUGGAGCGUCUGAUCCAGGAGAGAGGAUGGGAGUUCAUGUGGAAUGAGAGGCUGGGUUACAUCCUCACCUGUCCUUCCAACCUGGGCACCGGGCUGCGGGCUGGGGUCCACGUCAAACUCCCCCUGCUGAGCAAAGAUCCUCGCUUCAGUAAGAUCCUGGACAACCUGCGUCUUCAGAAGCGAGGCACUGGUGGGGUGGACACCGCCGCUGUGGGCGGCGUGUUUGACAUUUCCAACCUGGACCGCCUUGGACAGUCUGAGGUCCAGCUGGUGCAGACAGUGAUUGAUGGAGUCAACUACCUGGUUGAGUGUGAGAAGAAGCUGGAGAAAGGCCAGGACAUCAAGGUGCCCCCCCCCCUUAAGCAGUUCAAGUAGACACUAAUCCUCCAUCUUUGCACACAUGCACAGAUCCCUGUCUGCCAUAGAUACCCAAAUAUCUAUGUGUUCAUCUCAUUUACUCACUCCCUCCCGUUCAAUAAUAUAAUCUACAUUUGAUCUCAAUGUUAUUUGUAGUGGUUGUUAAAUGGAAUUGAAUUGGAGAAUAUCCGAUUCUGAUCUGGCUCCUGAGAGACAGCAGUGGUUAGUUGGCAGACAUGUGGUGGAGCAAAGAUCCCGUCCUCUGCUCGGCUCCUCCCACUAAAGCCCCGCCUCUCCGCGCCUCGUCCACUUCCUGCUGCAUGUCUGCACGCAGCCUGUCUCCUCCCUUCCCUCACGACUAAUAUCUAAUAUUUAAAUAAUCUUCACGUUUUGGUUCUCCUCCCAUUGUGUGUAGAGAAUUUGUUUCCUCCAUUCUGAAUGGAUUUGAAUGUAGCGUUCCUGAAGACUUAAGAGACUUGAUAGGAUUGUGUGUAUGAUGAAGGGCAGGUGAUGAUUAACUCAUUAACGUCUGUUUCAGAAGCUUAUGAAGCAAUACUGUAGGAGCUAUACUGAAUGUCGAUCUGUCAUGUCUUUUAUUAAAGAUAUCAUCUAUUUAA